AUGUCGGAGCCAACUAUUCAUCCUCUGUUCGAGCCAGUCACGGGUACAUGGCAAUACAUCGUUGCCGAUCCCAACACAAAGAAGGCUGUUAUCAUCGACUCAGUCUUGAAUUAUGAUGCCAUCAAAGCAAGAGUGACAACUGAGUCAGCGGAUGCCAUACUCAAGACUGUCCAAGAUAACGGCUAUCACGUCGAUAUGAUCCUCGAAACCCAUGCGCACGCCGAUCAUUUGACUGCAGCAUCCUACCUCCAGUCGAAGCUGGCCAAGAGUCAAGGCUCUAAACCAGCUAUUGGCAUUGGAAGUCGCAUCAAACAAGUACAGAACCUGUUUGGAGAGAAGUACGGUGUUUUGAGUAAAGAAUAUGAGACUGUCUUUGAUAAGCUUUGGAGUGAUAACGAUGAGUUUGCAAUCGGCACACUGAGUGCUCGUGCUGUUCACCUGCCUGGUCAUACACCGGACCACAUGGGCUACCACAUCGGUAGCAACGUCUUCGUCGGCGACUCAAUCUUUCACGUUGACAUAGGCUCUGCCCGUGCAGACUUCCCUGGAGGCAGCGCACGAGACAUCUAUAAGUCAGGACGCAAGUUGCUCGCACUGCCCGAAGACACCAAAAUUUGGGUUGGUCACGAUUAUCCGCCAGAAGGGCGAGAAGCUCCUGUGCCAUUCGCCACUGUUAAGGAGCAUAGGGAGAAUAAUAAGCAUCUCAAAGAUGGGACGCAAGAGGAAGAAUUUGUGGAGAUGAGAAGCAAACGUGAUGCCACGCUUGCUGCACCCAGAUUGAUCCAUCCUUCGUUGCAGGUUAAUAUUCGUGGUGGACGGCUGCCUGCUCCUAGUCCUUCGGGGGUGAGGAUGGUUCAUCUUCCGUUGGCGAGUCCCUCUUGGUAG